AUGCCUGCGGAUACUGUUGGAAAGACUAUUACCUGCAAGGCGGCAGUUGCUUGGGAAGCAGCUCAAGAACUCAGUAUUGAGGAUAUUGAGGUUGCCCCUCCUAAGGCGAAUGAAGUGAGAAUUGAAAUUUAUUAUACGGGAGUUUGUCAUACUGAUGCAUACACACUUUCCGGCAAAGACCCCGAGGGAGCCUUCCCAAUUGUUCUCGGACACGAGGGUGCUGGUAUUGUGGAAUCUGUCGGUGAAGGUGUAACAUCUGUUAAACCAGGAGAUUACGUUGUCGCUUUAUAUACCCCAGAAUGUAAAGAAUGUAAAUUCUGCAAAUCUGGUAAAACCAACCUUUGCGGAAAAAUCCGUGCAACUCAAGGAAAGGGUGUCAUGCCAGAUGGUACAUCCCGUUUCAAGUGCAAGGGUAAAGAUCUCCUCCACUUUAUGGGAACAUCUACUUUCUCUCAAUAUACCGUCGUUGCCGAUAUUUCCGUUGUCGCUAUCACCCCAGAUGCUCCUAUGGACCGCACUUGUCUACUUGGUUGCGGUAUUACUACCGGUUACGGAGCUGCUGUCGAAACCGCCAAAGUCGAAGAAGGAUCUACUGUCGCUAUCUUCGGUGCCGGUUGUGUUGGUCUCAGUGUAAUUCAAGGAGCUGUUCAAAGAAAGGCUUCAAAGAUCAUCGUAGUUGAUGUAAACUCAUCCAAGAAGGAAUGGGCUGAUAAAUUCGGUGCCACCGAUUUCGUUAACCCAACUGAAUUGAAGGGCCAAAGUAUUCAAGAGAAAUUGAUCGAAAUGACCGAUGGUGGUUGUGAUUACACUUUUGAUUGCACUGGAAAUGUUGGUGUUAUGAGAGCUGCUUUGGAAGCUUGUCAUAAGGGUUGGGGUCAAAGUAUUGUUAUUGGUGUUGCUGCUGCUGGACAGGAGAUUAGUACUAGACCAUUUCAACUUGUCACUGGACGUGUCUGGAAAGGUUGUGCAUUCGGUGGUAUCAAAGGUCGUUCCCAAUUACCUCAAUUGGUUGAUGAUUACAUGCAAGGUAAAUUGAAGGUUGAUGAGUUCAUUACUCACAGACAACCUUUGAAGGGAAUCAACCAAGCAUUUGAUGAUAUGAAGAAGGGUGAUUGUAUUAGAUGUGUGGUUAAUAUGAGAGAAUGA